CUCCUCCUUGCUGGGUGUCGAUUGGCCGCUUCCACUGUCAGUCACCGCUGUUUACAUCGAACGUUGCAAGGUGGAAUUUCCCAUGUUACGGCAUCGAGCAGUAGACCACUUCCGCAGUAGAUGUCUUGGCACAGAGACGAGAGGCCGCUGCGGGCGGAAAGUUCCAAGGACCAUGCUUAGACAGUAAGCGCACGAUGGAAGGUAAAGGACCGUACCGCAUCUACGAUCCGGGUGGGAGUGAUGCCAAAUCCAGGGAUGAGGCUGCUGGAGGAAGCAGCUAUCGACAGCUCCUGGAGGAGAACAGCAUGCUGAGAGAGAGGAUGAAAGGUCUUAAGAGCCUUGGCGACUUGCUCGAAGAAUCUCAGUUAGAAGCGUCGAGGCUUCGCCAGCGUGUGGAGGAGCUUGUGAGAGACAACGAGGCCCUCAAAUCAUCCAGCUUUGCCGCCAGUCUGUGCGCCGGGGGACACGCUCAGACCGAAACGCAAAGUAAACCUUGUUUGCAACCCACCACUGAGCCCAGAGAAGCGAAUGCAAGCUGUUUGGCGAAGGCUAUGCAGGCCAACAGAAUGAGCCUUUUACAGGACGCCUUAUCAGAGUUCGAAGUGGUCAAUAUGGACAGGAGGACGUCAGAUGCCAGGACUGCCCGGUCUGCCGUAGGCGUCAUCCCCGUCCUGCCUCAGGAGAACGUUGAGCUGGCGAGCCAGCUGAAGAAAUUGGAGAGCUCCUUCAGCAUAUUUGCAGAGGAGUCCAAUCCAAACCAGCUCUUAGCUCACCUGGGUCGAAUGGCUGUGGAGUUUCACCAUCUUUCCUCGAAGGUUCAAAAGAAUGAACUAAGGACGUCUCUCCUACAGACUCUGUGUGAACAGCUCAGAGAGGAGAACAAUGAGCUGCGGAAGAAAAUGGAAGAGGAUCAUCAUAUCAGGAAUCAAGACUUGGAACAGCUGAGGCAGGAGAAUCAGAAACUGAAGGAGCUUGUGACAGGAGGAGCAGCAGUGGCAUCAGCAGUAGCAGCUGCAGCAGCAGCAUCAUCAUCGUCAUCAUCAUCUGCGGCAGCGUCUGACACGGAAGGUCCUGACACCAAAGAUGAGACGGUAAAAGAUGAAUGUGCCACGGUGAAACCGAAGAUAGAAGCCUCCACCCCUCAGAAGAGUGGAAAAGCUGCUGAGAAAAGCCCAAACAAACCCUGUGACGUGGAGGCUUAUGAAAAGAAAAUUAAGCUCCUAGAGAAGCAACGAAAAGAUGUACUGGAGGUGAAUAAGCAGUGGGACAUUCAGUGGAAUUCAAUGAAGUCACAGUUUGAACAGAAGAUCACUGACCUCAGACAGAGGCUUGCUGAUUCUCAGAAGACUGUGCUCGAACUGGAGGCGGAACGAGAGCAGAGGCAGCGCGACUACGACAAGAAGCUGCUGUUGGCAAAGAAUAAGAUUGAAAAUGUGCAGGGUGAGAAGGAGUGUCUGAACACUGAGACGACUGAGUUGAAGCAGAAAGUUCGCUACCUGCAAGACCAACUGUUGCCUCUCAGCAAACAGCGAGAGUACCAGGAGAAGGAAAUCCAACGCCUCAACAGGGCUUUAGAAGAUGCCUUAAAUUUGCAUGCCCCUUCAUCGUCCCAACAACAACCUGGCCAGGACGCCGCCAAUAACUUGAAGAGGCAGGAACUACUCACCCAAAUAGCCGUUCUAAAAGAACAGGUGAAAAUCUUUGAAGAGGACUUCAGAAAAGAACGCAGUGACAGGGAACGAAUGAAUGAGGAAAAAGAAGACCUGAGGCGGCAGGUGGAGCGACUGCAGAUUCAGAUUACGAAUUUGACCAAUCAGCUUCAUCAGGCACAGAACGAGUGUCAGAGAGAACACACAGAGCGAUGCAAGCUAGAAAGACUGCAGAUGCAGCAUCACAAGCAGGGGCAGCGGCAGGGAAGACGUACCUCAGACCCCACGUCAGGCUCAGUGAACGGGCUGCUGAGCCCCCCCUACUGUGGUCCCUUUGUGCAGGUGGGACCGCAGGGCCUAGAGGGCUGGCCCGUACACUUCCAUCCCCGGAUGCCCAAUGCAGCAGGCGCCGCAGCUCCGCCCCCCGUACGAGACUUCCAGCCUGUUACCCCGGGUUUUCCUUGGCAGUCGUCAUCAUUUCUACAGCCCAGAGGAGGGAGAGCGGUGGGGGAAAGUUCAAGACCAGCACCAGAUAAUGCAGACCAGUCCACGGCAGCAGCAGCCGCAGCAGCGGCAGCAGCAGCAGCAGCGGCGGCAGGAGGAGGAGCGGGAGGAGGAGGAGUCGGAUUUGGAAAAAGGGAGCGACAGAAUAUAGAUCCCGGAAAGCACUAAAGUGUCACCACCUAAUGGAGAUUGGGUCGUAGCAUGAAAUCAGUUAGUUUUGAUUUGAAAAGGUGUGAUUUGAUCUAUAAUUUUCCUACUGAACUGUAGAUAUUCUAUUGUAAUGUUGUUUAUACUUGCGUUUUAUAAGGCUAUUUGUGGAAUACUUGGCUAUUCUGAAUAUAAACAUGAACUAUUUCGUUGUUGUUUUUUUUAAAUCAUGAACUGAAAAGUCUUUUGUUAAAUAUGUUGGAUACUUAACACUCUCUACUGUUUUUCCAGAAAAUAUAACUUUUUAUGCCAUACAUAAUCUGCAACAACUUGAUUUUGCAAUUUGUAGGGAUAGAGCAAGCCGUUCCCCGUAAGAGCAAAAGUAUUCUCAUUCCAACAAUGGGUGACAACAUAAGUGAAUUCAACCACUGCAAAGCAAAUCUCAAUUGACUUGAAGACUUUUGCAGUACAUUGAUGUGAUAGGAACGUCCCAUGUGUAACUGGUGAAAAUGUGGUUAUUGCAUACAAAAUGUUUUCUUUUUUUUGGGGGGGGGGGGGGCGGAUUUUGACGUAUCAUACCAAAAACAUAUUUGUGAUUGAUAAUUUAUUUAUAACCUGCUGUUUUGAUAGUUGCAUUGACUAAGUGUGAACCAUUGUCUUUUAGUGAUGCUGCUCAAUGUUGUUAGUGUAUUCCCGAUAUAUUGUAGCUAUUGACAUUUGUGUCAGACAACAUAUACACAAGCCUUUCUUUUCACCAUGAAAAUGGACCUAAUCUCAUUAAACAACACUUGUAUUCUUUUA